AUGAAGUUUACUCUCAAUGAAGAUAAUGCUACUUCCGACAUCAUGGACAUGGAAUGCACCAAGAGAUACAAAGACCUGAAUGACACCACCCAGGAGCAGAUGGACAAUCAUCAUACUUUUAUGGCUAAUGGCAUUUUGUACUGCUCUGCAGCUGGGGAAUUAAAUCUAGUUCUUCAUGAUACUGAAAAAUUCAGCACUCAUCCAAUAGAUGCUAAUGAAACCUCCAUUUUCAAUGAAAAGAUUCUAAAUCUUGAUCUCAUUGACCUUGGCUUUACUGGGUGUCCUUUCACUUGGUCAAACAAAAUAAAGGGAUAUGCUCUUACUGAACAAAGAUUAGACAGGGGUCUAGCUAAUGAUGUUUGGAUGGUCUUAUACCCAAACACCACUAUCACUAACUUGUUGGCUAUAGGAUCUGACCACCAUCCUAUCUUGCUCAAUUCUAACCCUCACUGGAAAAACGCCAGAAAACUCAAGGACAUAAAGUUACAACUCAGAGUUUGGAACAAGGAGGUUUAUGGUAAUAUAAAAACCAACAUAGAUGAAUGCAAGCAACAUUUAACUUGGCUUCACACUUAUUACUUCAGAGAAGAUAGAGGACAUGCUCUAGCUGGAGCUAGAGAAGAGCUUAAAAAAUGGCAAGACAUUGAAGAGAAAUUUUGGAAAACCAAAUACAGAGAUCAACUCAUCAAACUGGGAGACCAGAACACAAGUUACUUCCACGAAGCUACUAAGAGCAUAACAAGGAGAAACAAAAUAGAUACAAUUCAAGAUGAGGAAGGAAACUGCUUUACCGACUACCAAGAUAUAAAAAACUGCUUUACAAACCACUUUUCCAAAAUGGCUACUGCUGAAACCAUAAAUACCUCCUCAGAAAUCAUCCAUCUCAUCCCUCAAACCAUAUCCCCAUAUGAUAACCUAUUGUUAAACAGAAAACCUGAACCUGCUGAAAUUAAAGCUAUCCUUUUCAAUAUGGCAAAUGACUAA